AUGAGCACACUUGAACACAUAAAGCGCAUGUUAUUAUCCGCUUCUAAAGAUCUUUAUUAUAUUUCGGAAAGUGAAGAAUCUUUUGAGUUUGUAUAUUUUCCUAACGUAUUUCACUUACCCUCAACCGCGCUAGAAUUUGCUUCUGAGGUUUCGGGACGCGAUGUUUCGAUUUUAGAACAAAAAAGCGAACAAGAAAAUUGGCCUCAACCACAAGUCAUUGAAUUUGACGAAUUUUUCGCAAAUUUAAUUAAAAAUGAAGAUGAAGUCUCCGAGACCACCAUGAACAGCAAUUCAAAUUAUCGAGCAUUACAAGAAUCUUUUUACCGAGCAUUUGUCAACGAUGAUAAUGGUAAUAGUAAAGAACCAAUUCUCAAAGAAAAUCCAAAGGUUUAUCGCGUACCUCGCGAAUACUCAGGAACCAGAGUUGAUAUUUAUAUUGUAGGAUUAUUUGAGGGUGUGGGUGUGGCUGGUCUCAAGACUUUGAGUAUAGAAUCUUAA